GCGGGCUCCAUCGCAGGACAACAACGCCGUGCGACACCGCUAUUUCUCCGCUUUUGACCAGGGUCUUGCAAAAAACCUAAUUAUGCUUGCAUUCCCUUGAGCUAGCAACACGCCUCUUCCGCGCGCCGUCAACCACCAUAACCCAUGGCCACCUCUACCGGGGGAGACGAUGCACCUCGAGGCCGGUCGCACAGAGGGAGGCCGAGGCCUCUGUCCGAGGACCUGCGAGAUGAGGACCCCGGCUCAUCUACUACGCGGCAACUGGAGGCCUUUGGACGCAAGGUCACCGCCACCGCAAACCACCUCAUCGGCCCUCUCGGAGAAGCCGGCGUCAGCCAACACUAUACCAAUGCGCUCGGCGAUCUCCACCGGGAGCUGAGGCGCCCCGGCAUACAGCGCUCUGUCUUCAACCUCGCCCAGGCCACGCCCCGAGAGCUGGUGCGCUCAAAACUUUCCGUCCCCGAGAUCCAACAACGAGCCCUCUCUUACCUCCCCGACGAGCUGCUUGCGGAUAUACCAGAAACGAGCAGCACCUAUUCGCUUUUCCAAGGCUUCCAGGCCACGUUGCCCGAGGAUGACAAGUCUCAACACAGAAAGCGUAGAGGGCCGCGGCAUAAUUCUAAAGGCCAGCGCUUGCUGGGCGAAAACGACAAUGAAGAUGAGGAUGGACCACCCGACAUGUCGCGCCUCAAGGACCAACAAGAUCGUCUGAAUCAUCGCUUGGAGAUGAUGAGCGUGCGGAAAAAUAUGUGUACUACGGAGAUUCGAGAGAUUGACAACAAAAUUUUCAAUCUCAACACUAUGCGCAAAAUCGUUUUGGACAGGCUAGCGGGACUGGAAUCGGAAGAAUCCGAGCUAGAGCAUGAGCUGCUUGACGUGGAGAACAAGAUGGAUGAUCUGCAGGAAGAACUGGAGGAUCAGGCGGCUCUGUCACAGAAGACUCCUACAACACCGACAGGUCCCGGAACCAACAUUGAGAGUACGGAAUCAUCACCUGAGUUCAUGUCUGAAUCGAUUUACGAAAAGCUGCCUGCUCCUUCUCCUCGGACAAAGAAGCGGAGAGCGAAUCGCCGGAUAUCUAUGCCAGUCCUGCAUGAGCACAUGGAACCAGGCUCUAAGAUCAAGGAACUACCUGCUCACAACGAUAUUGUAACUGCGAUAGACUUCGAUAUGCCGUUCGGUACCAUGGUCACAGCUUCUCUGGAUGAUACUGUUAGGGUGUGGGACCUGAACGCUGGCCGUUGCAUGGGCAUGCUUGAAGGUCAUAUCUCUUCGGUUCGCUGUCUGCAGAUUGAGGACAACAUCGUUGCAACAGGCUCCAUGGACGCCUCUAUUCGCCUCUGGGACUUGUCUCGUGCUGAAUAUGCGCCGCAAGACAACCGCAUCAACAAAGGUAGCGUGGAAGAAGACGACGACGAUGCGCUAGGUUUCCAGGGCGAGGAAGACGCACCGCCCCCGCCUCCGGCGACUAGCAUGCAGGAUUGUCCCCUUUUCAGCUUGGAGGCGCACGUCGCCGAGGUUACGGCUCUUUACUUCAAGGGUGACACACUGGUUUCCGGCUCCGCGGACAAGACAUUGCGUCAAUGGGAUCUGGAAAAGGGCCGCUGCGUGCAAACACUGGACGUGCUUUGGGCAGCUGCGCAAGCCUCAGCCAACUUGACGCCGCUGGAGGGACAGUGGCGCGCCCCUGGUCGCGUUCCUGAUGCCUCGGCGGACUUCGUUGGUGCUCUCCAAUGCUUCGAUGCGGCACUUGCUUGCGGAACGGCCGACGGUAUGGUGCGUCUAUGGGAUCUCAGAAGUGGCCAGGUUCACCGCAGUCUGGUCGGGCACACCGGCCCUGUGACGGCGCUCCAAUUCGAUGACGUGCACUUGAUUACUGGAUCGAUGGACCGAAGUAUUAGGAUUUGGGACCUUCGCACGGGCUCCAUCUUCGAUGCCUAUGCGUACGACCACCCGGUUACAAGCAUGAUGUUCGACACUAGGAAGAUUGUGUCGGCUGUCGGCGAAGAUGUAGUCAAGGUGUACGACAAGACGGACGGCAGGCAUUGGGACUGCGGACCGGGUGCUUUGACCGACGACGGCGCGAGCAGCGCUUCGGCGAUUGAGCAGGUGAGGAUCAAGGAUGGGUACAUGGUGGAAGGAAGAAGGGACGGAACGGUGGGGGUGUGGACAUGCUGAUUGAGUGUAUGUAUAUAAAGAGCGGGACAAAGUGUAUACUAUGGGCGGGCGCUGAUUGGCCGCUGCGUGUUCCUUGCAUACUGAUUGUACAGAGCUGAUGGGUGGAUUUUGAAACUUGACAAUUUCCUGCUAUGUUGGAAGUUGCGCAAAAGAGCCGUUUUCUUAUUUGGGCU